AGGUAGAUAAGCCAAGCCAGCUGGUGACAUAGGAAUGGGAUUGGGAUGUAGAGAGGGAGAAGGAUAAGAGGAAAUAGGAGAGGCCGAGGCCAUCUAUGAAUUUGGAUAAUACCGAUACAUUGAACUCGUCUCCCACCGAGGACAAGGGACAUGGAUAGCAGAUGUGGCACGGAGACAAAUGAAGGUGACUGCAUUGAUGAAAAAGAACCAUGAUAUUGAGCGCUGGAGGAGACGAUGCUGAAAUUGCCCAAGGUUACUUUCAUAGGGAGCAAGUGCGGUGGUGAAGAGUUACCAAUGCUGCCACCUUCUCCCUCUCAGGGCAAUUCAACGGAUGGAAACCUGGUAAAGUUGAGGCUAGAUUGCAGCAAAGUUGAUUUUAGUGGAGCUGAGCUGAAAAAGAUAAUGGGAAACGAGAAACUUGCUGAGAUUGCAUUAGUAGACCCCAAGCGUGCCAAAAGUAGAAUUCUGGCUAAUCGUCAGUCAGCUGCUCGUUCCAAGGAGAGGAAGGUGCGAUACAUGGCAGAAUUGGAACACAAGGUGCACUCUCUACAAACACAGACAACUACGUUAUCUCACCUGCUUACUCUCCUACAGAGAGAUUCUGCCGAGCUCACUAGUCGGAACAAUGAAUUGAAACUCCGAAUUCAGGCCAUGGAACAAGAGGCACAGUUCAGGGAUGCUUUGAAGGAGGCAUUAACCCUGGAAAUCCAUCGUCUACAGGUUCUCGGAACUGCAGAGCCUAGUGGUGGGAAGUUGUUCUCUUCCCUUUGUUUUGUCAGAGACCCUGAACCCAAUUAA